AUGUCAAAGCCAACAGAUCACAUCAAGAGACCCAUGAAUGCCUUCAUGGUAUGGUCGCGAGGCCAGAGGAGGAAAAUGGCACAAGACAAUCCUAAAAUGCAUAAUUCCGAAAUAAGCAAAAGACUUGGCGCGGAGUGGAAACUGUUGUCGGAAUCAGAGAAGCGACCCUACAUUGACGAGGCGAAGAGGCUGCGAGCUCAGCACAUGAAAGACCAUCCAGACUACAAAUACAGACCACGACGCAAGCCCAAGAACCUUCUGAAAAAGGACAGGUAUGUCUUCCCUUUGCCCUACCUCGGGGACACGGAUCACUUGAAAGGACUGCCUGUGUCGGCCGCAGACUCUCUCUUGAGUUCAGAAAAAGCCAGGGCGUUCUUGCCACCAACGUCUACGCCGUACUCCUUUCUUGACCCCUCUCAGUUCACUUCCAGCGCUAUCCAGAAGAUGACCGACAUGCCCCAUGCGUUGACCACCAGCACUUUGCCCUACUCCUCGUUGGGAUACCAGAACGGCGCUUUCGGUAGUUUGGGUUGCCACAGCCAGCAUACCCACACCCACCCAUCGCCCACAAACCCAGGCUACGUUGUGCCCUGUAACUGCACGGCGUGGUCGGCGUCAAGUUUACAGCCCCCCGUUGCCUACAUACUUUUUCCAGGUAUGACCAAGAGUGGGAUAGACCCGUAUUCAUCGGCACACGCUGCUGCUAUGUAACCUGACCAUUUAAAAAAAAAGACAGUCUACUCUGAAAACUUGAAUAAAACGUUGCAUGUACAUACGGACCAAGCGCCAACAUUGAAAGAAGAGAUCAAAACAUUUCGUGAAGCCGUGGACUUGACUGAAGAGCCGGGCGAUCAUUUUGAAAGCAGACCGAGCAAGCCGUUCCAUCGACCUCAGCGUGGAACUGGGAAUUGAUGCAAGGCAGGUGCUUUGUGAACUGUAAGACUUGUAAAUGUUAUAAUGUUUAUUAAUGGCAA